UCCGGGGCGGCGGGGGGCGCUGGGGCGCAGCGGGGAUUUACGUCUUGCUCGUCUGUGCGCGGACACACACGUGUGAUAAUGGAGGACGAUACGCUGCAGUUUCACGAGAUGGGCUUAGACGACCGGCUGUUGAAGGCUCUGGCUGAUUUAGGCUGGUCUCAACGCACCCUGAUCCGGGAGAAAGCCAUCCCGCUGGCCCGGGCUCGGACCGGAUCGUGAAAAACCGCAGCCUACGCCAUCCCGCUCAUCUAAAGAAUCCUCGCGUCAAAACAGGUGACGCUUGCUUACUCUAAUGUGGGCCUCGGGGACGGAGCAGUCCGUUCAGAGAUAUAACACACAGUUUAUUGUUGCUGAUGACCAAAGAGCUGGGCCAGCAGGUUCAGACCAUGAUCCGGCAGAGAAGUACGAGUGGCCAACAUCUCCGGGAAAGCAGAAAUAUCGGCUCAGAAGCUGAUUUGAGUGGAGAAGCCAGACAUUGUGUUCAAGCCCACAUCAACGCCUAAAACCUGCAGCUUCAGUCUUCGUUGGAGAUGCUGGUCGUUGACGAGGCCGACCUCAUCUUCUCGUUUGGGUUUGAGGCGGACCUGAAAAGCCUGCUGUGACAACACGCAUGACCAUGUUUUGAAGCCGUACGGGUUCAAAAUGGAGGAAAUCGGGGGAUUCAGAUACAGGUGUCGGCUACGUUUGCGUCGUCUCGCGACCGAGGAAGCUCUUGAGCUUUCACUUUCCCAGGAUGCCAUGAGAUCGGUGAAGGAGAUCAAGCAGGAGCUGCUCGAUUCAGAGAAACUCAAGACGUACUUUGAAGACGAUCCCAGAGACCUGCAGCUGCUGCGACACAAGGAGCUUCAUCCGGCCGUCAUCAAACCUCACCCGAAAAACGUGCCCGAUUACCUGGUCCCAGCAGCGCUGAAAAGUCUCGUCAGUCCUCUUAAACAGCGCAAGAAGUAUAAAGCAGGCGGCGUGACGCUGACCAGCUUUAAAAAGAAUUUCAGAGGCAAAAACCCAGUGAAGAGCUUUCGCUUCACGAAGAAGUCGUCUGCAAAGAAGUCUGGGAAAUCCUAAAGGCAGAAGAGCCUGAGAGACAUUGGAUGUUGAGGAAAAUCCUGACAUAUAACUCUUCUUGAUAACUGUGACUGUCAUCCUGAACGACACGCUCGAGAUCAGAGACAUCCUGUCUUAAUGAUUUUGUCGAAUACUGAACGUUUAAUAUUGUAUUUUUUCAUUAAUGCUAAGACUCUACUUCAUAAAGUGUCUUGUGCUCUGAUUUUGUUUAUAAAGUUUUAGCGCUACGUGUUUUCAGCCGAUUUAAACAUUGCACUAUUAACUCACUAAUUGAGAUUUAACUAAAUUAUAAUUAUAUAAUUACAUUUUCCAAUAAUUGUCAAAAUAAUGCAACCAUGUUUUAUUACAAAUAAAAAACAUUAUUUCUCAUAAGAAUUAACAGAAAAUUUUAAACGUCACUGGAAAAUCUGAAUAAUCUUCAAAAUAGGCUUAAUUAUUUUUAUUU